UCGCAGCAGGUAGAGCCCUGCCCCGGGUCCGCUCGCCGCUGGCAUUCUCCCUUAGCAGUGCGGGGCUCUGAGAAUUGAACCAUAAUUUAUGUCUGGAUAUUGGAAAAGCGCGAAGUGCGAGCGAAGAAACAAGGAUCCUCCUCCUCUUUUCUUCCAGGCUGCCAGUAUCCGAAGAGCAGGUAUAAGGUGGAAAGGAUGGAAGGCUCAUUCUGAGGUUGACUCAUUCUUCCGUACCCUCCCUGCCCCCCUUAGAAGGGGGGACAAAAACUCUGCUGGUAAGAGCCUCUCUAAAAGCAAGGAAGCUGGCGUUAGUGAUCCUUUCAGUCUGGCUACAUGUUUAGUAUGCGGAUUGCGCCUCUUCACUAAUGAGAGGCAGAAUGGGAACCCAGGGAAGCCCUGUGAAGAGCUAUGAUUAUCUGCUCAAGUUCCUGUUGGUAGGAGACAGUGAUGUUGGAAAAGGAGAAAUCCUGGAGAGCCUUCAAGACGGAGCAUCCGAAUCCCCUUACGCCUACAGCAAUGGGAUUGACUACAAGACCACCACUAUCUUGCUGGAUGGCAGAAGGGUCAAGUUGGAACUCUGGGACACGUCUGGCCAGGGGAGGUUCUGCACCAUCUUUAGAUCGUACUCCAGAGGUGCUCAGGGGAUUCUCUUGGUGUAUGACAUCACUAACCGCUGGUCCUUCGAUGGGAUAGACCGCUGGAUAAAGGAAAUAGACGAGCACGCUCCAGGUGUCCCCCGGAUUUUGGUCGGGAACAGGCUUCACCUGGCCUUCAAGCGGCAGGUGCCCACGGAGCAGGCCCGCUCCUACGCGGAGAAGAACUGCAUGACCUUCUUCGAGGUCAGCCCGCUGUGCAACUUCAACGUGACCGAGUCCUUCACCGAGCUGUCGCGCAUCGUGCUCAUGCGGCACGGCAUGGAGAAGAUCUGGAGGCCUAACCGGGUGUUCAGCCUACAGGACCUCUGCUGCCGUGCGAUCGUGUCCUGCACCCCGGUGCACCUCAUCGACAAGCUGCCGCUGCCCGUCACCAUCAAGAGCCACCUGAAAUCCUUCUCCAUGGCCAACGGCAUGAACGCGGUGAUGAUGCACGGCCGGUCGUACUCCGUGGCCAGCAGCGGGGGCGGGAGCAGCAGCAAAGGCAACAGCCUGAAGAGAUCCAAGUCCAUCCCCCCGCCCCAGAGCCCGCCCCAGAACUGCUCCCGCAACAACUGCAAGAUCUCGUAGCCAGGCGCACGGGACCCUGGGGGCGGGGCGGUGCCUCGGAGGGCGUGCACGGCCCAUGGAUCGCCGGGGUCCCCCCCAGCUGGCGCCGUGGGAGCCUGGAGGAAAGCUGUGGGCUUCUCCUCUGCCCGGCUGGGAACCUCGGCAGCUGCCGGCUUGGGGGAGGGACGCACCUGCAGCCCUGGCGGAGGCAGGGAUUUAGGGAAGAUCAGAGGCGUGGGGGGAAAGGGGUCUGCGCUGCAGCCGUGGCUCUUGGCUCCCCGAGGGGCUGCGGGUGCCGUCGGAACCGUGGCCGUCGGCAGGUGCAAUGGGGCGUCAGGUGAUGGCGUUGGCUUGCCAUGGCCAAGAGGCCGGGGCCGGCUGCUUGGAGUCGGAAGGAAGCCGCCUGCGGCCGUCUCCACUUAUUUAUCUACAGAUGCUGUGCCGGGGGCUGCCUGUUUUAACGCGGGGGGGUUUAAGGAGCAGUCGGGGCCAAUGUUCUGUGGCCAUGUAAUAGGAGCAGGGCCCCAGCGAAGGGGGCGGGGGUCUUAGGGUGAAUCUCUUGCAGGGACUGUGCCGACAGCUGCACGGGCCUGCUCUGGGGGGUGUUUUAAUACUGGGCGUGCGAAAGGAGCCAGCGGGGCGUGUGCCCCACGCCAGAGCCUGCCUGCACUCUGGAACCAAACUCCCAACAGCAUUGCAGCUGGGGGCUGCCCUGGCCAGCAGCGUCAGUCCCACCAGGUCUUAGGCCCCCAAAGGCAGCUGGGCCCGUGUCUGUGUUCCCAUGACCUGGCAGGGUUGCGGGGCAGGGCUGGCCUGGAAGGAAACGCUUCUGCUGGGUCUGCAGUGGUCCCAAGCUUUCCUCCCCGGCUCGUUGCUCCUUCCCCCAGCUCCAGUGCUGCUGUCACCUCCUCCCACGCACCCUCCUGGGCCCCCAAGAGCAGGGGCACUUUGAGCUGUCCCUGAAGCCAGGGCCAUGGAUAGCCAUGUCCUCUUUCCAAGGGCCAGCUGGCUGUGGGGGGUGCGCUGCUUGCGCUGGAGCGCGCAGGUUGGGCUGGUUUUCUGGCCCCGAGGGGUUGGGCGGCCUCUCUAGUGAGCUGUAUGCGUGGGGGAGGCGUGCAGUCUGUCGCAUCUCGCAGCAGCGUCCUCUCCUUGGCCCCGUAGCAACGGGGCUUCCAGCUUUCCCCUCUGCUCCCAGACGCCGUGCCCAGUCCUCAAGCUGGAGAGGCCGCUGGCUGUGGGUGGGAGCUUGGUCCGGGGGGACACUGCGGUGUGGUGGCUGGCUCUUGGGGCCCCCAGCCAGGAGUUUUCCCGGGGCUUUCGGGAUUGUCUGAGCUGCCUUGGGUUGCUCUGUUCUGCCUCCUUGCUUAGGAAACUGACGCUGGCGCCUGCCCACCCGCGCGCUCGCAGCCCGUCGCCCAUCAGCAAGGCCAGCUGGAGGCUGCCACCCUGACGCAGCUUGGUACGUGGGCAGGAUGAGGCUGCUGCCGGCUGCCCGCCCCCUC